AGAGCAGAAGUAUGAGAUGAAAGCAAACAUAGUAUUCAAAGUGAUUCUCAUAUCAUUGCUUCUGAUUACUCUCACACUCACAGAAGCCAGAACCCAUCCCAAGGACAGACACCAGCGAAAGGAGGAAGAAGAGAAGAGAAGAAGCAGAAGAAGUGGAAGUAGUAGUGGUAGAAGAAGAUCGAGAGGUGGAGGUGGUGGCGGAAGAACAAGGUCCAACUGUGAUUCUUUGUAUCAGUAUCUUUUUGGAAGCUGUGGGCAAUGGCCUUUCGCUCGUUCAAACAACCCUUUUGAGCACCCGCCUUCCCCAUCUCCUGGCCGGAUUCCGCCGCCUUCACAGCCUUUGCCACCCUCUGUUCCUUCGUUGCCGCCUAUUGUGCCUUCUCCUCCAUUGCUUCCCUUCCCCCCCACGCCAUUAGUUCCUUCUCCUCCGGCUGUGGUGCAACCCCCGCCUUUACUACCGUUUCCACCUCCUACUGUUGUCUCGCCGCCGCCCACAGUUGUUCCACCGCCUGUCCUUCCAACUCCUUCGCCGCCGGUGGUGGUCCCUUCCCCUCCGCCGCCCUCUCCUCCUCCACCUUCUCCACCGCCACCUUCUCCUCCUCCACCCUCUCCGCCACCGCCGCCCUUAAUUCCAUCUCCGCCGCCGCCUUCUCCACUAUCGCCCUCCCCACCACCACCCGCUUUCGUUUUACCGCCGCCUUCACCACCGCCACCACCCUUGGUUCCCUCUCCACCACCACCAGCAAUAUUUCCAUGGCUAUCACCUCCUGCUGAUAAUCCACCUCCAGUAUUUCCAUGGCUAUCUCCACCAGCUGACACCCCACCUCCAGUAUUUCCAUGGCUGUCGCCUCCAGCUGAUACCCCACCUGCAGUAUUUCCAUGGUUAUCACCUCCAGAUGAAUUCACGCCAACACCAUUUUUCCCCACAUUUUCUCCACCACCAGAGCCUCCACAGUUUCCGCAACUGCCACCAGAACAGCCAUUCUCAUUUCCACCACCCACGCCAGAAUCUCCACAAUUUCCAAUGCUUCCACCAGAACAGCCAUUUUCAUUCACCCCACCAUCACCAGACCCUCCACAGUUUCCACUUCUUCCACCAGAGCAGCCAUUUUCAUCUACACCACCUGCCCCGGAAGCUGAUGUAAUUCAGCCACCAGCUUUCCCACUUCCACAGCAACCAGACCUUUUUCUUCCACCUCCAGUGCUUCCAUUUAUUCCCGAUAAUCCGCAGCAACCACAACCGUUUGUGUCCACGCCGCCAGCUCCGGAAGCCAUAUUUAAUGAGCCAGUGCAGCCUGAUCAGCCACCGCCAAUUUCUUUCCUUCCUCCAUUUCAGCUUCCACCACCUUCUGAUUCACCUCCCUUUAACAACUAAAAUUCGUUAUGUCUUCAUAUGAGGAAUGAAUGGGGGUGGAGGGCCCAAGAGGGCGGCUAAUCGCAGCAAAGACUAAAGCUUAGGCCUCGAGUUAUUGAAGUGCAGUUUGGUGAUCUAGUCAUGGAUUGAUGCAGAAAAUGUUUGGUCUUUUACCAAUUCAGUAUCAUAUACGAUAGGAGACAAGUCAAUAAGAAAUAUUAUAUGUAAUUUUUCACAAAUCUAAGACUCUAGUCACGAAAAUCGAUGAUUUGCGCA